AAUGUAUUGCGGCCAAUGAUGUUCGCCAUUAACUCAGUCAUCCUCGCCUUGGGUAGAGAAAGCAGCCACGUACACAGCCCUCGUUCUCUGUAUCUCUCACUCACUCGUCCUCUUUGCGAGACUCAGAUACGGUAUCCAUAUUGUCAUGUGAAUGAAAUUUCAUGGAGGUUACUCUAGUUAAGUAGGUUUCCCUGUCAACGGAAAUAAGCACUCACCAACAAAAAGAGGAACAUAAUCACAGAUGUGACCCUAGGUGGGAAAUGUGGAGAGUGAACUUGUAAACUGGGAGGUGCAUGUCCGUUUUGACUUGAUGGUUGGUCGACUUCAGUAGUGGUGAUUAUGGAGUCCAUGUCUCACUCUUCAACCUUCCUUCUACCGGUGAUUCCACCAGAGAGAAUCAACCUUCUUUAACCUACGCACUCAUUAUUCUUAACCAGCACCUGCCGAGAUUCACUCCUCUGCUUUGGGAGCAUGGUACCUUGUUUUUGCACCUCAACUCUUCACUCUUAUUCUGUGGACGGAAUUUGAUUUCUUCUAAGUUUGGAUCAUCUGAUGUUUGUUGUAUUUUUCUCCAUUGUCGUUUUGUGUUUUUCUGCACCACAGCACAAAUAUGAGUUUGUGCUGAUGGGGGUGCCAAUCGGGUGUAUGAUGAAAUGCCUCUGCUUCUGUCCUUAUGAUGCCUCGCAUGUUCAAACCAGGUACGUGCCAGAUGCAAUCAAAGGUGACAUGGACUCAAUUCGGUCUGAAGUACUUGACUUCUAUAAAAACCUGGGAACUAAGAUAAUAGAUGAAUCUCAUGAUCAGGACACCACAGAUUUACACAAAUGUGUUGCACAUAUAUGUGACCUUACAUCAAAUAUGGAUAAAUCAUCAUUAAGGAUUGUUGUAACUGGAGCACUUGGUGGGCGAUUUGACCACGAGAUUGGGAAUAUUAAUGUUCUGUGCCAUUUCCCAGAUACUCGAAUUAUCCUUCUAUCUGAUGACUGCCUCAUUCAACUUCUUCCAAUGAACUACCAUCAUAAGAUUUAUAUUCGAUCUUCUGCUGAGGGGCCGCAUUGCGGACUCAUCCCCAUUGGGAUGCCAUCUAGUAGUUCUACUACCACUGGACUCCAAUGGGAUCUUUAUGAGACGAAGAUGAAAUUUGGUGGUUUAGUAAGCACAUCGAAUAUUGUAAAAGAAGAUAUAGUAACAGUUCAGUCUGAUUCAGAUCUACUAUGGACAAUUUCUAUCAAGAAGCCUAGUUUUUAGAAUGACACUGAACAUUUCAUGUAAUCGUCAAUAUAUCUAUGUAAAAAGAUGUAACAAGCCACACGUUUUUUUUUUUUAACAAAUUGUUAAUUAUUAGUA